AUGAAGGAUAUUCUCCGUACUCUACUUCACGUGAAGGAGUAUUUGAAGCCUAAACUCUUCCUGCAGAAUGACAAUCGUACCAAGGAGAAUGAGAACAAAUACCUCUGCGCACUGGCUCAUCUACUCGUAGAGGAAGGAAUAUUUGAAGAGGUGAUCUUCAACUUUCAUCCAGUUGGACAUACUCAUGAGGAUAUUGACCAACUCUUCAGCUCAGUGGACCAUUAUCUGAGGGUUAGAGACACGUGCACAGUAAAUGAUUUGAUGACGUGUCUGCUAGAGAUUAGAAGAAGAGGGAGACCAGAAAAUCUUUAUGCUGAAGAAUUCAAUGCCGUCCGCAACUUCAAGACUGUCAUCCAGGAUCAUUUUCCACGUAAUUUUCGUGGACAGACCAAACCUCAUUCAUUCCGAUUUAGGAAAUCCAAAGGAAUCACGCAAAUGCACUUUCGAUUGCAUGCUGGAGAAGCCUGGUGCCCCAAUGAGCAUGAUAUUCAAUACAUGAGGGAGUGCCUUGGCCCAGACCUUGGAUAUGUAUGUCUACAGACGACUCCAGCACUCAAUGCAUUCGGUGUUCUGGUGCCUCCUGAUUGGAAUGCAGCUGGACUAGAGGUGGUGAGGGCAUCCAUCCAAAAGGAUGGAUGCCCUCACCACCGUGGACUUUGUCUGAAGACAAAGUCCACGCUUGGCGUGUGUUUUCUCCAGACACUCAGCAAUCCAUGGGUCUCCAGGCCCUUUGGAAAAGUGCUGAAGUCGGGAAGGAAGAUGGCGGCGGGAUCUUACGAAGCCGAUCAUCCAGUAGAUGAAGAUUGGGCUCCCCUCAUCCUUCAAUUCAGUGCAAAAGGUGUUUUUGUCAAAUGA